AUUAUAUUCACUGUUUCUACAUAAACAUUCGUAUGAUUGAAUAAAUAUGAGCUAAAUGGUUUGGCCAGGAUCAUACCCAACAUUUUAACGUGCUAUCUUCUAAUAAUGCAAUAAACAAUAAAAAAAUAAAUUAGUCGGACUGCUCCUAGCCCCUGAAAAUCCACAAAUCACGAAUCGUUUGGCAAAAACAAUAAAUUAAUCUUCUAUAAAUCCGCCCAUUUAAUGUUGAAAAAAUUUUAGAUGUUUCCUUUGCUUAACGUAACCUCAAACUCACUUGCAACAACGAGUCAGGUUGGCUUAUAUGCGCUAGUUGUGAAAUUAAAGUUGACACAAAACUAAACCUCACUUUCGAUAAAUUAGACUUUCUGCGAAAUUCGCAUAUUUUAAGGGUAGUAAUAAUGCGACACGCCAGUUUUAUCGCUCGCACAGUCUUUGUACAAAACAACGAUGUUGAAGCUGCCUGCCGAGUGCUAAACAGGAUCUUAGGGAAAGAGGACAUACUUGACCAAUACAGGCGGACUAGAUACUUUGAGAGGCCUUUUGAGUUCAGACGAAGGAUAAACUUUGAAAGGUGCAAAGCCAUUUACAAUGAAGACAUGAAUAGGAAAAUUAACUUUGUGUUAAGGAAAAACCGAAACGAUCCUUUUCCAGGAUGCUUGUAGGGCUCACUCGAUUUAAAGAACAUAGAGGAAAAUGCAACUCUAGUAGAACUAUCGGUUGUAGUUGUUUGUAAACGAUGGAAAAUUUGAAACGUA